AUGUUUGAUAUACGAGAAGAAAUUUCUUUGAAACAUCCAUCCAAUAGUGAUCAAGUAGUGGUUGUUCCAAUAAUCAAUUGUGAAGUAUUUAUUAAUGGUCACGGCGGACCUUGUAUUCAGCCACAUUUAAAUAAUCUUUCACCUGAUAUUGCAAAUAGUGGUUGGCGUGAUUAUGGUAAUAGACAAGGAACAAGUCGUCUUCUUAAUAUAUUUUCUGACUUACAAAUACCGAGUAGUGUUGCUAUGAAUUCAUAUUUAAUUGAUAAAGAACCUGAUAUAUUUCAAGAAAUAUUAAAAUAUUCUCGACAAGAACAAAAUGUUGAAAUUAUUGGUCAUGGUCUUACAAAUUCAUUAUCUGCUGUUAAACAUUUAUCUUUUGAAGAACAAGUAAAACAAUCUUUGAAUCAAAUUGAAAAAGCAGUUGGGAAUGGACGAAGGCCAACAGCAUGGUUAACUCCUGGAUUUGCAGCACCGGAAAAUUCAUCAAAAAUCUUAGGUCAAUCAUUAAUUAUUCGAUUUGUUAUUUUCGGAAUUAGUCUCUAA